AUGUCCACCUCCGGCGACGACGAAACAAGAUGGUACCCUAUCGGACAGACGGUGGAAACGCCUUCGCGCGCUGCUCGACGUGCCGUGAAGGAUAAUGGUGACGAUGAUGGUGAUGGUGCCACCUUUGCUUUUGCCGACGAGGACAUGGGCAAAUUGAACCGAUAUCUUCAUGGUGGAAGAGUCUUGCCACUCGAUAAAGACAGUUUCUGCCAAAAUGUUGGCAUCUUGGACCAGAGCAACAUCACCGACCACAUCUGGACCCAGAUUGAUAGUUUAAUCAGUACUUACAAGGAGGCAAGUCGAAUCUACAACGACUGCGUCGGUUUCCUUGGUGAUAGCUCCCAAUCACCCAGACAGGGGACAAAAGCGGAUGGCGAUGACAGCGCCUUUGAUGCCCUCUGCACCUUUGACAAGAUGAAUACGCUUUCGUCUCAGAUUUACGGCUACGCAGACAACGCCGGGGCUGAUGACAGCUCGUAUUACUUGUUCAUGUUUGACCAGUGCAGCAAGUACAAUGAUGAUGGCGCAACUGACCAGCAGAGGGAGGCGGCCAGGAAAGCCAUUCUUGACGCCACGGAGGAUUUGCUGAGUGAUAUCGCACCAAUGCAGCUCCAUGCUACAAAGGUCUCGGAUGCCCUGAGUGUUUUUGAACUGGCAUGUGAUAAGAGAGAGGGUGCGCUCGUUGACUCUGAAACUAACAUGACCUCCAUUCUCAAUGAGGAUCUGGGAGACAUUGACGACUUGCAGGCGAAGAUUGAUUCGCAGCUUAUCGAUAUUGCGGCUGACCAGAAAAUCAUUGAUUCAGAUCGCUAUGAUCAAAAAAUGACCGCGGCAUACGUUUGGAUCCCCAUCAUCGGGACAAUUGCCGCCCCCAUCGUAUUUGCGGAAAGACAAGCGGAUAUUGAGAAAUACGAAAAGAAGAUUGCGGACCUGAAGGCCCUGAUCAGCUCCGAGAAGGACAAGAUUGCAUUGCAUCAGCAACUGCAAGGCCAUGUCACUGCAAUGUCGGACUUGAAAGCACUCAUCGGUCCGGCUAGGGAGACGGCUGAGAAGCUGAAAGGUGGCUGGGACUUGAUGGGAGAUGAGAUUCAAAAGGUGCACGAUACCGCGGAGAAGUUUGAAACCAAGAUCCCCGGCGUCAGCUUUGCUGAGAUCCAGCUUGAAUCUAUUGUUCGGGAGUGGAAAAGGCUCUACAAGGGUGCCAGGGAGUAUAUCAAAACGGCGCCAGUCCUACCUAGGACUGAUGUCAUGUCUAUUGAUGACUACCAUGAUCAAAUUAAGAACUUGAUCAAAUGA